AUGAGAGUAAAUCAGAAUACGGCUAUAGCUGCUUCCAGGGCGCUUCUUGUGCCCUACGAGGCGCACCACGUAGUCAAGUACCACGGCUGGAUGCAGGACCCCGAUAUCCAAGAAGCUACGGCGUCUGAGCCCAUGACACUGGAAGAAGAAUACGAAAAUCAGCAGUCGUGGCGCACGUCUGCCGACAAGCUCACAUUCAUCAUCUGCGAGCCCGUCGCUGCGACGCAGACGACAAUCACUGCGCAAAAACAAGAUGCCAACCCGCGUAUGAUUGGUGAUGUGAACUUUUUUCUCUAUCCAGACGAUGGAGAUGAUAAUGAAAACGCAACAGGCGACGCUCUCGUUGGCGAGGUCGACGUCAUGAUUGCUGCCAAGAAGCACAGAGGCCAAGGGUACGGCGAAGCCGCCGUGCGUGCGCUCUUGGUCUAUAUACAGACGCAUCUAGAUGCCAUUUUGGCCGAAUAUGCGCAGGGCGGCCCGAAGAGCUCGUUGCGGGCGUUGAUGGUCAAGAUUCAGCAAGGAAACAAGGGGAGUCGAGCGCUGUUUGAGAAGCUGGGUUUUAUGCAGAUGGGAGGCGUAAACUACUUUGGAGAGGUCAAGAUGGUGCUUGACUGGAGAGAUGAGGUCGGAAGCCGAGAUGAUGCGUGGAAGGCGGCGGCGAAGGAGUACCGCGAGCUCAAAUAUGAAGCUUUGCUCUGA